ACAGCAGCAGCAGCAGCAGCAGCAGCUGGGCAAUGGUAAUUUUGGCUUUGCCGGGCCGUCUGUGCAGCAAAGCAGCUUGCUAGGACCGUCUGGUGUUUUUACGGCACCUAGCAGACCGACACAGGUAUCUGUAUUCAACACACCUUAUAUUCCCCCUGCUUCUAUGGCCAAUAUGCACAGAGUUGCCGGUGGUAUGGCACCAGAUAGUGGGCGACCGCAUGGGUUUCGACAGGGGUUCUUGCACAUGAAUAAGGCCGUGUCUAAUGGCUCUUCCAGCUCGUCUGCUGCGCCCACCACCACCACGACCACGGCCACAUCUAUUGUAAUAACAGCGCCCAUUGCGUGUGCUUCUUCAGCGCCGCAUAGCAAGGGCACGGUGACAAAGUCCACGUCGUCUUUUGUCAGCCGACUGGUGACCAACGAGAACCUCGCAAGGUGGGUGGUCGGCGACACCCCUAGCACUAAUUUCAUAUUUAAUGCGCCCCGCUGUAUGACCUGGAUGGGCCUCCAGCAACAGCAGAAUCAGAAUCAGCAAAAUCAGCCAGAAAGUAGCGGCGAAACCCUCGCCCGCCUUGACCUUGUCUCUAACACCCCACUCUGUCACAGCAUCAACCCGUGCACACGCAAAUCCAACAACCGCCUGGACAUAAUCAUGGGCUUCACACAGGGCAACCUCAUUUGGUACGAUCCUGUGUGCGGCAAAUAUUCCAGGCUGAAUAAGAAUUCUGGUUAUACCUCCGCUGUACUCUGUGUUGCUUGGAUUCCUGGCUCAGAAACCCUGUUUAUGGCCGGUAUGGCCGAUGGUUGUCUGAUGAUCGUGGAUCGCACGAGGGACGAGUUUGUUGUUCCAAAAAUUUCCAAGUUUGACGAUUCGCUGCUCUUGGAUCAUUUGGAAGUUUUCUCAACAUCGGGGACAACAGGAGUGGCAGCAGCGGCGGCAGCAGGCAGUAACAACCCGUCUUCUUUCAAAAAGUCCACUGGUGCGAAUCCUGUGACUUUCUGGCGGGUGUCCAAUAAGCCCAUCACAAGCAUAUCCUUUGCGCCUACCGACAAUACUUCGGGUAAUGGUGGCGGGUUCCCACACCAUGUGGCAGUCACCUGCGAGGACGGCGGCCUGCGCAUCAUCGACUAUCUCCACGAGACCCUCCAUUCCGUACACGCGUCGUAUUUCGGCGGACUAACCUGCAGUGCCUGGAGCCCAGACUCCCGCUUUGUCAUUGCUGGCGGCAAGGAUGAUCUCCUGAGUAUCUGGAGCACCCAUGAUUGCACCCUGGUCGCCCGCUGUGAAGGCCAUGAGUCCUGGGUGCGCUCGAUUGUUUUUGACCCACUGGGCCACGGCGACGAAAACACUUACCGGUUUAUGAGUGUUGGUGAGGAUGGAAGACUUUUGGUGUGGGACUUUUCUUUGGGGGCUUUGCACCGGCCGAGAGGCGCCGGUGCAGGAGGUGGUGGGAGGGUGCGAGGGAAUUUGCCUGUGGUUUUGCCCCUUGUUUCUGUGCCUGUGCAUGGCACUGCUGUGGAGUGCUUGCGUGUUACCCGGGAGCUUAUUGUUACUGCUUGUCGGAGAGGUAUUGUUAGGGUAUGGAAGAGACCUGUUGCUUUUGAUAGUUCAGAGUAUGUUUAACAAAAUGUUUUUUCUCUUGUGAUAAUUGGAGACUGCGUUAUUUGUUACAAUUAAAAGAUGAAGAAAAAAAACUGCGUCCUAAAAAAAACAUUUAUCGAAAAAAAA